CACUUCAAAAAUCUUCACCCCACACCCCUAUACACCCACACCACCCCCUCGCUCUAAAAUACUUAUACUACUAGUACUUUUCAUCAAGUCCAUGGAGAAGGAAAGCAAACUACAAUCAGAGUACCCAAUUGAAGACGGAAAUGGAAAUUUGAGUACAUUUGUCAUGAACAAUCCAAACAUGAUGAGCAACAACUUUGAUAUUGAAAAAGAUUAUUCAUUAACCUUUUUAUUAGAAAAUAUGUUUGGUGGUACUCAUGUUGAUCAUCAAGAUUAUGAUUUUAUUACAACAACAACUAGUAAUUCCAUUUUCGAUUUGCUAAUGUUGCCACCUCAUCAGCCUAUUAUUACUACUUCUACAGUUCAAGAUUCAACAAUAUCUGAUCAGUUGAUUAAUGCUCCAGUGACUCCAAAUGUAUCAUCGAUUUCUUCAACUUCAACUGAAUUACCUGCUGAUGAUUACCAACAAGAAAAAAAAGUGAACCAGCAGGAUGGAGAGCAAGAUCAAGACAAGUAUAAGAAACAGUUAAAACCUAAAAGGAAGAACCAAAAGGGUAAAAGAGAGCCAAGAUUUGCAUUCAUGACUAAGAGUGAAAUUGAUCACUUGGAUGAUGGUUAUAAAUGGAGGAAAUAUGGCCAAAAAGCAGUUAAAAACAGCCCCUUUCCAAGGAGCUACUAUCGUUGCACAACAACAUCAUGUGGUGUGAAGAAGAGAGUGGAAAGGUCAAUUCAAGAUACUUCAAUAGUUGUUACAACUUAUGAAGGUACACACACGCAUUCCUGCCCUGUAAUGCCUCGGGGGUAUGCUGGCGUUCAUCCGGUAACUAUCAACUACGGUGUCUCCAUUGGCGCUGGUGAUAGUGGGGGAAGAACUUAUUAUGGUGAUUCCUCCUUAUUUUCAACUAAUAAUUUACUACAAGAAAGAAGGUUUUAGAGCCCUUCUUCCUCUUUGGAUGAAGAUCAUGGACUUCCUCAAGAUAUGAUCUAAUCAUGUAUGGGAAGAGAUCUUAUAGACAAGUAAGGAAAUAGAUUAGGAUAUAUAUAUAUAUAGUCGAAUCCAAUUUAUUUAGGACUGAGUCGUGGUAAUUGUUGUUGUACGACGACUAGCUAGUUUUUAGCUUUGUUAUCGGUGGUGAAGUUCUUUUAUUAAAUGGUGUUAUUUUUUUAUGUUGUAGAAAUCUUUGUAGUGAAAUAGUUUUCAAAGAUUUCAGUUUUUGUGACUUCCUUUCUAGUGUUAUCUUUCAGUUAUGAUUUCAGUUACUGCACGCGUUUCAAGGAUUUUACAGCUUAUUCUA